AUGAUCUUUGAUACAGAUCAUGUAUUGUUUAAAACCUUAAAAGAAAAAAACUACACAGAAGAUUUUAAAGAAUUUGUUAUUAAUAGCGAAGUUGAUAUAAUGCAUAAAAAAGGAAAUUUCACAACCGAGGAAAAAAAGGUAACGGGUGUUUUGAUGCCAAUAAAAUUUCAAUUAAAAUCACUAUUUGAAAGGAAACAUUUAUUGGAAAAUACAUUACAGCACAUGACAGACCUGCAGAGUCACACCAAACUCACAAAUUUUGUACAAGGUAAUUUGUGGAAGGAAAAAAUAUCAAAGUACCCUAACAAAAUAGUAUUGCCCUAUUUUAUAUACACAGAUGAUUUUGAAAUUAAUGAUCCUCUUGGGUCACAUUCAGGUAAACAUUCGAUCUGUAAUAUCUACUACUCAUUUCCGUGUUUACCAGUAGAUGAAUCGAAGCAAGACAAUAUUUUUUAUUGCGCAUCGAUAAAGUCUAAAGAUGUGAGGGAAUUUGGUAACGAAAAGUGUUUACAAACUUUAAUCCAAACGCUUAAGGAACUUGAAAUUGAUGGGAUAGACAUACAAGUAAAUGAAAAUGUAACUAAACGUGUUUACUUCAUUUUGGGUUUGGUGCUAGGAGAUAAUUUGGGCCUUAAUUCAUUUUUAGACUUUACAAAAUCCUUUUCUGCAAAUUUUUAUUGUAGAUUAUGUAGAGUAUCAAAAACUGUUUCUCAAAAAAUGACAACUGAAGAUCAGGAAAUGAUGCGAACAAUAAUAAAUUAUAAUGCAGACCUAGCUAAUUUGGAGGACAAUUGCAGGGGAAUAAUUAAAAACUCGCCUCUCAAUGAAAUUCCAUCUUUUCAUGUAGUCAAGAAUUUUUAUGUUGAUAUAAUGCAUGAUAUUUUUGAAGGAGUAUGUCACUACAGCAUUUGUCAUGUGAUAUUGUAUUGUAUCGAAAUGAAUUUUUUUAGUUUAGAAAUUUUAAACUCAAGGAAACAAAAUUUUGAAUACGGAUCCAAAGAAAUUAGUAACAUAUCAGCGAGCAUUAAACCUAACUGUCUUAAUAAUAAAAAACUAAAGAUGACUGCAAGACAAAUGAUGACGUUUAUAAGCUUUUUUCCUCUUAUGAAAUUAUUGAUAUUCUAUUAUGUUUUGAAAUAA